UCUACCUGCGCUACUACGUGGGGCAUAAGGGCAAGUUCGGCCACGAGUUCCUCGAGUUCGAGUUCCGGCCCGACGGGAAGCUGCGCUACGCCAACAACAGCAACUACAAGAACGACGUCAUGAUCCGAAAGGAGGCUUACGUGCACAAGAGCGUGAUGGAGGAGCUGAAGAGAAUCAUCGAUGACAGCGAAAUCACAAAGGAAGAUGAUGCGCUAUGGCCUCCUCCUGACAGAGUCGGUCGGCAGGAGCUUGAAAUAGUAAUCGGUGAUGAGCACAUCUCUUUUACCACGUCAAAAAUCGGUUCGCUCAUCGAUGUAAAUCAGUCCAAGGAUCCGGAAGGCUUGAGAGUGUUUUACUACCUGGUCCAGGACCUAAAGUGUCUAGUCUUCAGUCUUAUUGGACUACACUUCAAGAUUAAGCCAAUUUAAAUCAAACGAACUGAAGUUUGUAUUGCAGUAUCUGUAUGGGGGGUGGGAGGGAAUGCUGUUUCAAAUUCUUGCCAUUUCUGGCCUGAAGCUUUUUAUGUAUGUUAGAAUUUUUUUUUUACAAACUGUCAGUGACUGUCUCAAUAAAAUAGUAAGAUCUGUAUUUUUAAUUU